CAGACAUGAGUAUCGCGAGAAAUGAGUCCGCUCUUGAGUAUAAAUGAAAGCUGUGAUACUUGCCGCCGGGUACGGAACCAGGCUCCAGAGGGAUGUGGUGGCCGACAGCAGCGGGAGGUUCGCUCACCUGGUCGGGACCUCCAAGCCGCUGCUGCCCGUGGGACAGUGUGCCCUGAUCUCCCACUGGAUCCAUGCUCUGACCGCCUCUGACUGUGUGGACUGCACCUAUGUUGUUACUAACGCUGUUUACCUUGCUGCUUUUGAAGAGUGGGCCUCACAUUUCACAAAUGUCAAGAUUCUUAGCGAUCAGACAAGAAGCAACGAUGGACGUCUUGGUGCUGUAGCCUGCCUGCAACUUGCAGUAAAGCACUUCAACAUAGAAGACCAUGUCCUCGUAAUUGGGGGUGACACCCUCUUCAAAGAAGAUUUUAGCCUCAGUAAAGUAAAAGAGAGGUUUUCUGACCUCCAAGCACAGUGUGAGGACAGCUGUCUGGUGCUCUCGUACCAGUGCAAAGAGCAGGAAACUCAUAAGUACGGGAUAUUGGAAGUAGACAGUGAUCUUCGCGUCCUCUGUAUGAAGGAGAAACCUCUUCCUUCCGAGACAAAGUCGAGGAGAGCAUGUCCAUGUUUCUACUUGUUUUCAAAGAAAAGCCUUCCUCUGUUGGAUGCCUUUCUUGUGGAAAAGAAGGAGGCUCCUAUUGAUGAGAAAGAUGCCCCAGGGAACUUUGUGUCUUGGCUCAUUCCAAGAGAGCCAGUAUACGUUCAUGAGAUUUCCGGGCGUUUCGAUGUUGGAAACUUGCCUUCCUAUAUUGAAUGUGACCUUUACUUCCGAGAGAAACUUGAAGAUGUUGGUUCUUACAUGGUGUAGACGAAACAGAAAUGGACAAAACACCAUAUUUAUUAUGCAAUAAUACAAAGAUUAUCCAAGUCCAGCACAAAAUAAAUCAAAUUGCCAAAUUCAACAAUUGUAACUGUAAAUAAGCCUUUUAAUAUAUAUUUCCAGUGAUUUUAUGAUGAAUAUUUUCCAUUAAAAAGAUUUUUUCAUUCUUUG